CUGAGCUCACCUUCAGAACACAUAGAAGAGCUGGUGGCCAGAGGUGGGUCAGUCUGGAGAUUACAGCACAAAUUACAGGAGAUUACAGUGUCUGUUUACAGUGCACUAUAUGUCAAAUUAUCACAAAUCCAGAGUACCGGAAGGAAUACCCAUGGCAUACCGCAACUUCAUAAAAGGCCCAAUAGAAGCCCUUAAUCUGACAAAAAGAGGAAGUCAUACCUGCUACAGACUUGAGACAACAAGAGAAUAUCUUCAUGAUAAGCAGUGGAAACGUCAUGAUGAAAGUUCAACAUCACGUAAUGCAAAAAUCAGACGAUGGAGAUAUGGAGAGGAGAACAGAAACAAACUCAACAAAACUAUUUUGCUGGUAGGUGAAACAGGAUCAGGGAAGACCACUCUCAUCAAUGCCUUAGUCAAUUACAUGAUAGGAGUGAAAUUUGAAGAAAAAGUGUGGUUCGAGAUCACAGAGGAGGAUAGUGAAAAACAGUCUGUAUCCCAAACAUCAGCUGUCACAGUGUACGAGGUCCAUGAUGUGAAGCAGUUGAUUUCUUUGACCAUAAUUGACACCCCAGGAUAUGGAGACACACAAGGUGUGGAGCAUGACAAGACCAUCGCUGACAGUUUACGUGAACUGUUUGAGUCAUAUAGAGGAAUUGAUCGAAUUGACGCCGUUGGUCUUGUGGUCAAAGCAUCACAGAAUCGAGUGACGGACGCCCAGCGUUACAUCUUUGAAUCAGUUCUGUCCUUAUUUGGCAAAGAUAUAGAAGAUAACAUAGUGAUCCUCAUUACACACUCGGAUGGACUGCCCCCUACAGGUGCUCUUGAUGCCAUCAAAAAUGCAGAUACAAGAUGUGCCAAGCAUAAGCAUGGGGAACCAAUUCAUUUUCUAUUCAACAACCGACAGAAUCAGCCACACAAGGAACAUCAAGCUAAACUUUACAAAAGAAUUUGGAACUCAGGAGAAGAGAGCGCCGAGGAUCUUUUAAAGUUUUUACAACGAGUCAAAGGACAAAGCCUGAGGAUGACGGGAGAUGUUCUAAAGCAGAGAAUGCAACUUGAGGCAAUCCUAUGUGACUUGUUUACAACCAUUAACUUGGUGGACGAGGACGAGAAAGAAGAGGAGCGCAUCAAUGGCAUUGUGAGAGAAAACAAGGCAAAACUAGACAACAAUGAGAGCUUUGUGUAUAUUGCCAAGGAGACAAAGAUGAAGAAAGUUCCAAUAAAGGAUCACUUUAAAUUCUGCUAUGAAAAGGCAAUGUGCUGUGAUGUGUGCAAAAAGAACUGCCAUUUCCCUGGCUGUACAUGGGUAGUAAGGCUAAAUUGGUGUUCUGUGAUGUCAGGUAAUAUGUGCACAGUUUGUGGAUGCUCCUAUAAAGCUCACACAAAAGAGGACAAACUCUACAUGCCAGUCACCGAAGAAGUCGAGAAAACAAAUGAAGAUUUAAAGAGAGAGAUUCAAGAUGUUUAUGGGAAACAUGUGGACAUACAAGAGAACAUUGAGAAGAGGCUAACUGAAAAUAGACAGCGAAUGUCCCAACUGUUGGAAGAAGCAUACAGAGGCAUCAUUGAUUUGGAUGAAAUAGCCCUGCAUCAGGAAUCUCUGAACUUCCAUGUUGAUUUUGAUAUGCUGAUUACAAAGCUGAGUGAAACCGGUCAAACUGAAAAGGUUCUGAAACUGAAAGAAAUAAAUGAUAGGGCUCCGACUGACAAGUAUUCAAGUGGAUUUCGGGGGAAAUUUCAGAAAACAGAUUAGUAUUCCUGAAACUUUACAUUGAUCAUAAAGCUUCUCAUACCACUGCUAUGCAGACGACACACAGCUCUUUCGGUCCUUUCCACCUGAUGAUUCCUUGGUCUCUGCACGGAUCUCUGAUUGCCUCUCAGACAAAUCUACAUGGAUGAAGGCACGCCACCUCCAGCUAAACAUCUCAAAAACCAAACUGCUGGUCUUCCCAGCUAAACCUACUACAUCAUCACAUCAAAAUCAAAAUUGACCCCGUCUGUUGCACCUACCAGGGCUGCAAGAAAUGUAGGAGUUACCUCGGUUGCCAGGUCGUGUCGUUUCACACUCUACAACAUACGGAAAAUCAGGACUUGCCUGACUCAAUACCCAACUCAUGGUACAGGCCAUAGUCAUCUCACGACUUUACUACUGUAAUGCUCUCCUGACAAGUCUCCCAGCCUGCACGGUGAAACCCCUUCAGAUGAUCCAGAACACGGUGGCACGCUUGGUCUUCAACCAACUCAAAAGGGCACGUUUACCCUGCUGCUCACUCAGCUACACUGGCUACCUGUGGCCGCCCGCAUUAAAUUUAACGCUUGCCUAUAAAGUACUCUCUAGUUCUACUCCCACUUACUUGAAUGCCCUCAUACAGGCAUAUGUUACCUACUGACCGUUGCGCUCUGCCAUUCGUACGCUUAGGGCAAUCCAAACUUUAUUCAUCUGUUGUUCCCUGUUGGUGGAAUGCGCUACCAGUUCCAACCAGAGCAGGAGCGUCCUUCACUACACUUCUUCACAGAGUAUCUCCUCUCGUAGCACUACCUACCUACUUGCUAAUUCUAGCACUUAUUCUAGCACCACCUGACUACAACUGACACUUGACUGUAUGGAAGUAGCACUGACUGGAGCACUAACUUGUCCUUAUUGUACUCUACCUUGAUUGUU